CUGUGCAGAGGAGGUCAGUAUUUACUUUUUGAGUGGGUGAUGGCGCAACUGAACAAUAAUUAACCUAUCCCAAUCCGAUUUGAGAGGAUUUGCUCAACUUUGUCAGAUAAUAUGACACUUCCUGACAAAAUGUUCCUCAGCUGUCUUGGAUUGGUCCUUGUCUUGUCUCACCCCGGAGUACUUCAUGCCCAAAGCUCUGCAGAGCACUGUUCUGCUCCCCAGCUGGAGGGAGGUUUUUUAGUGCCUCAACUACAAUUCUAUUUGCAUGAAAGCAAACUCGCAUAUGCUUGCAACUUUGGACAGAAACCAGCAGUGGAGGGCUGGUGGGCCACCAGUGUAUGCCUGAAUGGCCAAUGGUCUCAUACACCACAAUGUAUUGAUGAAAACGCCUGCUUUGCACCAGAUAUUCCAAAUGGAAAAUACAAUGAAAGUCCUGAAGGCUUGUGGUACCAAGAAGGAUCAGUCAUUCGGAUAAAGUGUGACGAAGGAUACAAACACAAAGGUUUGGGAGCAACAGCCACGUGUACAAAGGGAGCUUGGUCAGCUUUGCCGGUUUGUGAACGAAGUGAAAUGUCUUGUAAUGAGCCGCCUAACAUCCCGCACGCCGUUGUCCUUCACAAGUACCAGGACAUAUAUGCAGGAGGCUCUGAGGUCCACUAUGAAUGUGAAGACGGAUACAGUGUUGAGGGUGCAAACUCCAGGAAAUCUGUCAUUUGUAUUGCUGGGUCCUGGACACCAGCUCCAAGCUGCACAAUAUCCAAGCCAGGUCCUGAAGAUGAUGGAGACACAUCAGGUGGCAUGACAAAACCUGUUGAUGGAAGUAGAGGAAGGGGGCAAGGUGGUGGUGAUACUGAUGCCAGAGUUGGUGCUCCUUCUGGUGGGGCCACUACUGGUGUCAGUACUGGUGGUUCUACGGCGAGUGAAACAGGAUCUGUAACCACUUCUGACAAGACCGAGAGCACAAACUCACCCCUGGUCAUAGCAGUUUCCAACUGUGGAUCAUACCCAAAAGUUCCAAAUGGUGACGUUGUGCGAAAAAGAACAAUGUCGUUAAGGUAUGCGUGCAACGGUUUUUACAAAAGGGUCGGUCCAGAGACAGUGGUGUGCUACAGUGAUGGGACUUGGUCACAACUACCUACAUGCAAAGAAGCAUUUUGUCAACUGAAUCUUGACGAGUACACGAACUACAAUUUCCAAGAAUCUGGAACACUCAUUCUAAAAGAACGUGAAACCAAGAGAGUUCAGUGUAUCUGGCCCGAUUUCACGGGCCGAAUUUCGUGCACGAAAGGGCAAAUUAAGAUCAGCCCAUGUUGUCACGAAAGGGACUACUAUUACAAUAGGUGCCACUGACUGAUGGUCAUCCCUUGGGAUACUGCUUCCACAUGAAGAGAGCAGUACAGAAAGACAUUCACAAAGUUUGUCAUUAAAAAAAAACAAAACAAUAAUUCCUU